UGGUCACUCAUACUUUCAGGCGGAACUGACUGUCGGCAGCUCUUAUAUCUGGUAGGAACUCUUUGUGGGAACACCGGAAUCGCGCUCUCGACGGAGAUUGCCGGGGAACAUGCCUAAGUUUUACUGUGAUUACUGUGAUACCUACCUUACACAUGAUUCGCCAUCGGUGAGGAAGACCCACUGCAGUGGCCGAAAACACAAAGAAAAUGUGAAAGAUUACUACCAGAAAUGGAUGGAGGAGCAGGCUCAGAGCCUGAUCGAUAAAACUACGGCUGCCUUUCAACAGGGAAAGAUUCCUCCCACACCGUUCCCCGGUGGCCCCCCCCCCAGGUGGUCCUCCUCGCCCAGGCAUGCUACCAACACCCCCUAUGGGGGGUCCACCUAUGAUGCCCAUGAUGGGGCCUCCACCACAUGGAAUGAUGCCUGGUGGACCCGGAGGCAUGAGGCCGCCGAUGGGAGGACCCAUGCAGAUGAUGCCAGGACCGCCACACAUGAUGCGCCACCCUCGACCAAUGAUGAUGCCGGUCAGGCCGGGCAUGAUGCGACCAGACAGAUAAGAGCGGGUGGAUUUUCUCCGCUCUUUGCUGCCAAGAACAGACACUGUCUAGUGAGGACACUUGGGUUAACACUUGGAUUUUUCAAUGCCACUUUUUAAAUUUUCAAAUGUCCAAACUGAAGUCCCCGAUGUAAUUGAUGUCAUUUUUGUAUAAUUACCUUAUUUUCUCGUACUGGAAUCGUAGUAUUUAUUACUAUUCACCUCCCAUUGCAAGAAUUGAUUUCAGAUGCCCGUUUUAAAGACCGUUUUUCUUUUUUAAUUAAACGUCCUCUCGUGUUACACUCAAGUCUGAAAUAUCUGGUCUCACUUUGACAAGCUGUUCAUCACGCACAAUUAGAGCGUGUUUGAUAUGACAAUAUUUGUUACUAUAUUUUUACUUUGGUUUUAGGUUUUUACAUGUUUUUGUUAUAUUUCAUUGCUUUGAGAAAUAAAACGGUGAUUUCAAACCUGUUUCUUUUUA